AUCUUACGUACAAGCAACUCCACAAAACACACACACACACACACACACAAUUGAUCUUUAUAAAUAAACCCCACUCUCAACAAUCCAAAAACAACAAUAAAUUAGCAAACAUUUGAACAACACCAUGUCAUCCAUCCUUAGCGACACGCCUCUACCAAGAACCGCCGCACAAGCCACCCUGGCCGGCUUCGGCAACCUCAUCAAGCUCCUCCCAACAGGCACCGUCUUCGCCUUCCAAUUCCUCAACCCGGUCCUCACCAACAACGGCCAAUGCCACCUCAUCCACAAGUACCUCACCAGCUUCCUCAUCGCCGCCUGUGGGGCCUCCUGCUGCUUCUCCUCCUUCACCGAUAGCUACACGGACAGCGAGGGCAACGUGCACUAUGGCGUCGCCACCACCAACGGCCUCUGGCCCUCCCCCGACUCCUCCGUGGACCUGUCCUCGUACAAGCUCCGUUUCGGAGACUUUGUACAUGGAUUUUUCUCGUUGGUCGUGUUUGCUGUCGUGUCGCUGCUUGACCCUAACACGGUCGAUUGCUUCUACCCGUCGUUCGAGUCCACGCAGAAGGCCCUGCUCAUGGCAAUGCCGCCUGUCAUAGGCACCGUCUCCGCUGCUGUUUUUGUUAUGUUUCCGAAUAACAGACAUGGAAUAGGCUAUCCUUACACCCAAGCUUCAACUCAAGUUACUCAAGCAUAAGACUUCAUGUCUUAAUCAUGUAAACCUAUGUGUGUUCGUGUGGAUUUCUAAUUUAUGGUUCUAAUUUUUUAUUUUAUUUUACUUUUUGGAUACGAAAAUAUGGAUUUCUGGUUUAUGUAACAUAUUGAUGUAAACUAUCUCGUUAAUUUUAGUACGUUGUUUUCAAUCUAUACAUUGUAAUUCAA